AUGACAGGCAACACACAAACAAAUAUGCUUUGCUUGCUUUGGCUUCUGCCUUUAUAUAAGCAAAAGCUCACCUCACCCAAAAAGCAAAAGCCAAAACCAAAAACCAAAAGCCACAACAACAAAGCAGUGUGUGCAAAAAGAAGUUUACUCAUUUCUCUCCAACUUCAGCCUUUCAUUUCUCUCUCCCAACUCAAGACACCAAAAGUUGAAAACCAAACCAAACAGAACCCAAAAACAAUGGAAGAAGAGGAAGACAUGGUUCCACCAUUCUGGCUCCAACCCUCCGAUUCUUUCCGGCAAGCCAACCGCCGCCUCCGCCGCUCAUCCUCCUCUGUUUUCUUCAGCUCCGGCGCCUUUAUCCUGGCCUUGCUAGCCAUAGCUCUUGUAUUUAUUUUCUUUAUAAUCCCAUCAGUUUUGUCGUUCACUUCACAAAUUUUUAGACCCCAUUCCGUCAAAAAAAGCUGGGACUCUCUCAAUUUGGUCCUCGUUCUCUUUGCAAUUGUCUGUGGGUUUCUCAGCAGAAACACCAACAAUGACGGCAACAUCAGCAGCCCCUGUUCUUAUGAUCAAGUUCAUAAUCAAACUGUUUUCAAUUCUUCUUCACCACAAGCUCCCAAGUCAAAUCCAUCAACCCCGCGUCAGUGGUUCGAUCAGUAUUCAGAUCGGACGGUCUACAAUCACAGCAGUAGCAGCACCAGUGCCGCCAUGAACAGAGGAGUGAGGACCAGCAGUUCGUACCCGGAUCUGCGGCAACAGGAAGCUUCGUGGGUCGCCAGAGAUGAUCGGUGGAGGUUUUACGACGAUACACAUGUGGUCAAUUAUCGGGUUUCGGGUUCGGAUCCGCUCCAUCAUCGUCGUCAUCGGUCAUGGCAUGAAGAAUCCGUACAACUACCAGUAGAAGAAGAAGCAGAACAAGUCCAAACCAAGACUAUAGAAGUUGACACUUUUGCAAUCCGUACGGAACAAGUUAAUUCCCCCCCCACACAAGUCCCUGCUGCUCAAUCUGACCCGCCACUGCAGCCGUCGCCGCCGCGGAGGUCACCAUCUUCGUCCCAACCAGCGCCGCCAACGACGCGCAAGUCCAAGAGAACAUACCAAGCUAUUGGAGAGAAAGAAAACUCGGGUUCUACUCAAAGCCUUGAGAGAAAUGACAAUUCGGAAGGUAAGAACAAUCUCCCGCCGCCCCCGGCCCGACCGCCGCCAUCUCCGCCGUCACCGCCACCGCGGAUAUCGAAAUCGGCUGGGAAAGAUGUGAAGAAGAGAGGGGUGACUACUACAAAAGAAUUCUUGAUCACGUCAUUGAGGAGGAAGAAGAAGAAGCAAAGACAAAAGAGUGUUGAAAAUUUCGAGAGUCUCCUCGCGUCUGCUUCUUCAGCUCCUUACUCUUUACUUCCGCCGCCAUCACCGCCGCCCCCGCCUCCACCCCUACCACCGCCACCUUCGGUCUUUCACAACUUGUUUUCCUCAAAGAAAUCCAACAAACCCAAGAAGACAAUGCUGUCAAUUCCACAACCGCCGCCGCCGCCUCCAGUGGCGGCAACCACUUCGACGGCACAGUUAUCGAAAACCAAGGCCCAAAUGAGGUCCAUGAUGACGACCCAAAAGCCGCCAUUGCCAGUUAAGGUGAGCAGCUUCCCGCCGCCAUUGCCGCCGUUUAGAAUGCCGGAGAUGAAAUUUGUGGUGCACGGAGACUUUGUGAGGAUCAAAAGCAACAACAGCUCACGCAGUGGCUCCCCUGAUUUGGACGAUGGGGAUGAUCCGGAUUCAGCAGUUUCAUCACCAACCAUGGAAAAUAACAGGACGCCAUUGGAGAGUGGAGAGUCGCCAAAAGCCAUGUUCUGCCCCAGCCCAGAUGUCAACACCAAAGCUGAUACUUUCAUUGCAAGGUUCAGAGCUGGAUUGAGGUUGGAGAAGAUGAACUCUGUGAGGGGGAGGUCCAAUCUUGGCCCAGAUACAAGAGAAGGAGAAGAAGGCCCAAGUUACUAAAUAUGUUAUUUUUUUCCCAAUUAAUUUUCAUUUAUUUAUUUAUUUUAAUUUUACAUGGGUAUGGAUAUUGAGGUUGAGGAAGGUAGAUAUAUAAUUUGUGGAUUUGAGUUGUUUUCUGACA